UGUAAUUGAAAGGAUUCAUAAGGUUUGGUUUUUGCUCAGAUGAGAAAAUUUGGAAGAAAACGAAAACCCCCUCAGCAAAGGACAAUUUCAGAAGCAAAGCACCCUGGCCUACCCCGCGCUGCGACGGAGAAGCGGCCCGGGCCGGGAGGAGCGGGGAGCGUCUGCUAAUUGCAGCUUCGUUAGAUUUCGGGUUUGGGAGGCUGCGGUUCGGGCGCUAAUAUCCGCCGCCCAUUAUCCUGGCUAAUAAAUUUGACCUAUUGUUCGUUUGUUAAAAUGAUGUCACCUUGGAACAGUCCCUAAGCUCCUAUUUCCAUGAAUUAGGCCUUUAUUGAAAGCCGGGAGCCAAUGGGAGGAGAGAGGCUUGUUGAUCGCAGCCAAUGGCUGCGGCGGGAGAGGAAUUAGCAGCGGAAACUCCAGGUUCGGUUCAAGAAAGAUGACACAGAGCCUGUCGGGCCCGCGCACUCUUGGCAAAGUUUCAGUGCGAGGAGAGGCGCCGGGCGCUCCAUGGCCGCGCCGUAACGGGGACCCAGCCGCCUCCCCGCCCAGCCCAGCCCAGCCCUUCCGCCCGCCCAGGAUGGAGGCGCCCGCCAGCGCGCAGACCCCACACCCGCACGAGCCCAUCAGCUUCGGCAUCGACCAGAUACUCAACAGCCCGGACCAGGACAGCGCACCAGCCCCGCGGGGCCCCGACGGCGCCAGCUACCUGGGAGGGCCCCCCGGGGGCCGUCCGGGCGCCACUUACCCGUCUCUGCCCGCCUCCUUUGCCGGCCUCGGAGCGCCCUUCGAGGACGCGGGAUCUUACAGUGUCAACCUGAGCCUGGCGCCCGCCGGCGUGAUCCGGGUGCCAGCGCACAGGCCGCUGCCCGGGGCCGUGCCGCCGCCUCUGCCUAGCGCGCUGCCCGCCAUGCCCUCCGUGCCCACGGUCUCCAGCCUGGGUGGCCUCAAUUUCCCCUGGAUGGAGAGCAGUCGCCGCUUCGUCAAAGACCGCUUUACAGCGGCGGCGGCGCUCACGCCCUUCACGGUGACCCGGCGCAUCGGCCACCCCUACCAGAACAGGACGCCGCCCAAGCGUAAGAAGCCGCGCACAUCCUUUUCUCGGGUGCAGAUCUGCGAGCUGGAAAAGCGCUUUCACCGCCAGAAGUACCUGGCCUCGGCCGAGAGGGCGGCGCUCGCCAAGUCCCUCAAAAUGACGGACGCGCAGGUCAAGACCUGGUUCCAAAACCGGAGGACCAAGUGGCGGCGGCAGACGGCGGAGGAGCGGGAGGCGGAGCGGCAGCAGGCGAGCCGGCUCAUGCUGCAGCUGCAACACGACGCCUUCCAAAAGAGCCUCAACGACUCCAUCCAGCCCGACCCGCUCUGUCUGCACAACUCGUCGCUCUUUGCUCUGCAGAAUCUGCAGCCCUGGGAGGAAGAUAGCUCCAAAGUCCCCGCUGUCACCUCUCUGGUGUGAGCCACCAGCGCGCAUGGUCGCCAAGGAUCGCUGCCCCCACGCGGCAGGGCACCCCGGGCCCCCAGCAGGGCUGAGGGGUAAUCGAGGCCGAGAGGGGAAGGGGCCGCCAAGCUCCAGGAAGCCCCGGGGCGCUGCCGCAUCUCCGCCAGCUGCGGAGGGGGGCUGGGCCCGGGCUCCACGCGGCUGCACAAUCCGAGCCCCCGCCCCGCGCCCAGUCCCGCCCCAGGCCCGGGCCUGACAAAGAAAGCGCCUUACGUUUCUCCGCCCCUCGCCCGCACUCCCCCGGGCUGGGCGCCUGUAUUAUACUUUGUACUUUUGCCCAAAUGUGUAAAUAAUAAAAGUUUUGGCUUUUUUUUUUUUUUUUAAGAAACUGGCCACCUGCUUCCCCCAUGGGGGCCGCUGGAGGAGGGGCGGCCUACCAGGUGGUUGGGGGAAGCGCCAGGGGCUGGGGCACCCUGCGUUUAGGCAGGGUCCACUCCUCUCCUUUUCCGUUCCUUUUAUUUAAGUCGUUUUAUUUAAUAAAAAGUUAGCUAUUUCA